AGCUGUUAGCACAGCAGCAGUAGGGAAUGGCGUAGAGGCUGAGGCCGAUGAGCGGGAAGGUGGCUGGCAAGAAAAAAGCUGGAACGGAGCUGACUGCUUUGAAUAAGAAGAAGUUGAAGAGCGUCGAUGAGAUCCUGGGCAAGGUCAAAUGGCUGGCGGAGCGCGUCAAGGGGGAGCCGGAAGUGCAGAAGACGCUCGCCGAGCUGAACCUGCCGCACGCAUGCCGCGAGGUGGUCGACAAGGAUGCGGGCGCUGUGCUGGAUGAGAUAGAGACGGCCAUCCUGUUUGUGGCGGCCUCUGUGCUGCGGGGAGAGGGCUUCACCUACACGCUGCCCAGCCGCUCCAAGGCCAACCAGCUGUAUGUGCCAGAGCUGGACCGAAUAGUGCUGAAGGACUCGCAGUCACACCGUGCCUUUGCUAACACAUCCACCUGCCGCAAGGCGGUCAUCACCACCCGCAUCCUGCAGCUGGUGCACGAGCUGUGCACCAAGCGGAUACACGUCACCAAGCGUGACCUCUUCUACACAGAUGUGAAGCUGUUUGAGGACCAGUCCAACUCAGAUGCCAUCCUGGAUGACUUGGCGUGCAUGCUGGGCUGCACGCGCUCCAGCCUACAUGUGGUGGCGUCGGAGAAGGGUGUGGUGGUGGGGCGGCUGACGUUCCGGGAGGAUGGGGACCCCAUAGACUGCCGCCGCAUGGGCGUGGGCGGCAAGGCCAUCCCGCCAAACAUAGACAAGGUGGACGCCAUCACCAGCGACGCGAUGUUCAUCCUGCUGGUGGAGAAGGAUGCGGCGUUCAUGCGCCUGGCGGAGGACCGCUUCUACAACACAUACCCCUGCAUCAUCAUCACAGCAAAGGGCCAGCCAGACGUAGCCACGAGGCUGUUCCUGCGCAAGCUGAAGCAGGUGCUGCGCAUCCCGGUGCUGGCGCUGGUGGACAGCGACCCAUACGGGCUGAAGAUCCUGUCGGUUUACAUGAAGGGCUCCAUGAACAUGUCCUACGACUCCUCCAACCUCACCACCCCAGACAUCAAGUGGCUGGGCGUGCGCCCCUCCGACCUGGACCGCUUCUCCAUCCCGCAGCAGUGCCGCCUGCCCAUGACGGAUGAGGACAUCAAGACGGGGAAGAAGCUGCUGGAGGAGGACUUUGUGAAGGCCAACCCGGAGUGGGUCAAGGAGCUGGAGAUCAUGGUCACCACCAAGGUCAAGGCGGAGAUUCAGGCGCUCAGCAGCUUUGGCUUCCAGUAUCUGAGCCAGCAAUACCUGCCGCUCAAGCUGCAGGAGGGGGACUGGAUCUGAGGAGGCAGCCUGGGGCCAGUGUGCCCGGCGCUGGCAGGCACAACUGCGACAUCGUCCCGUCCCGACGCAUGUGACUCCUCGCCAAGCGCC